AUUCUUUUUAACGUUCCAAUUCUUUCAUUCUUUAUCUCUAUUAGCUAUCUCUUUAGGUCUAUGAAUUAGAAAACCAAUUCCACCCAUUUUCUCUUCUCUUCUUUCUCUAUUCUCAGAUCCAUUGCUUUAUCUCACGGCUUCCACCACUGCAUCCAAACAACAAAGUUUCACCAGCUAGAUAGAAUUUGCUCUUGCAAAAAUGGCAGCUUCUGGCAAUAAAGGCUGUUUCUAAAUUCUUGACCUUCUCGACAUCAUAUCAUAUCUGCACAUAUCUUAAGUUCAAGGUAUCUAAUCUGCAACAUCAACUAUUCACUUCCGUUUGUAAAUACAACAACAUCCAUCAAAGUUGGAGAAAGGUAUCGAAUCUGCAACAUCAACUACUUUCACUUCCGUUUUUAAAUACAACAACGUCAACAUCCAUCAAAGGACUCUGCUAUUACAAAUGGGGGAUAUCGUUGUUUCCAUCGUAGCAAAGUUAGCAGAAUAUACAGUGGACCCAAUUUUACACCAUGCUCGAUACUUGUGUUGUUUCAACAACAUUGCUGGGAAUCUUCCAAAUGCCAAGGAAGAAUUGGAAUUAACCCGAAACAGUGUGAAGGAACGAGUUGAAGAAGCUAUUAUGAGGACUGAAAAAAUUGAACCAGCAGUUGAGAAGUGGCUGAAAGAUGUUGAGAAAGUCUUAGAAGAAGUGCAUAUGCUUCAAGGAAGAAUUUCGGAAGUAAACAAGAGCCAUUUCAGAAGGCAAUUCCAAUAUUUUCUUACAAAAAAAAUAGCAAGAAAAAUUGAGAAAAUGGCUCAACUCAACCACAACAGCAAGUUUGAUCCAUUUUCUAAGAUUGCCGAACUUCCAGGAAUGAAGUACUAUUCAUCCAAAGAUUUUGUUCUUUUCAAAUCAAGAGAAUCGACUUAUGAGAACCUUUUGGAAGCUUUAAAGGAUAAAAGUGUUUCCAUGAUUGGACUAGUUGGACUAGGAGGCUCAGGAAAAACUACUUUGGCGAAAGAGGUUGGUAAGAAAGCUGAGGAGUUAAAACUUUUUGAGAAGGUAGUCAUGGUAACAGUCUCUCAAACUCCAAAUAUUAGAAGCAUCCAAGUGCAAAUUGCUGAUAAGUUGGGUUUGAAAUUUGUGGAAGAAUCAGAGGAAGGUAGAGCACAAAGACUAUCAAAGAGAUUAAGGACAGGCACAACUCUACUAAUCUUGGAUGAUGUAUGGGAAAACCUAGACUUUGAAGCUAUAGGUAUUCCAUACAAUGAAAAUAAUAAGGGGUGUGGAGUACUCUUAACCACUCGGAGUAGAGAAGUAUGCAUUUCCAUGCAAUGCCAAACAAUAAUUGAGCUCAAUCUCUUAACUGGUGAGGAAGCUUGGGAUUUGUUCAAAUUGAAUGCAAACAUAACUGGUGAGUCCCCAUAUGUAUUGAAAGGCGUUGCAACAAAAAUUGUUGAUGAAUGUAAAGGAUUGCCUAUUGCAAUUGUGACGGUGGGAAGCACACUAAAGGGCAAAACUUUUGAAGAGUGGGAGUCCGCACUGUCAAGACUAGAAGAUUCCAAACCACUGGAUAUUCCAAAAGGCUUAAGAAGUCCUUAUGCUUGUCUGCAAUUAAGUUAUGAUAAUUUGACUAAUCAACUAGCCAAGUCCUUGUUCUUGUUGUGCUCUAUAUUUCCAGAGGAUCAUGAAAUUGAUUUGGAAGAUUUGUUUCGAUUUGGAAUGGGCCUAACUGGGACUUUUGGAACAAUGGUGAAAGGAAGGAGGGAGAUGCAGACAGCUGUUAGCGUCCUCAUUGAUUCUUAUUUGUUGUUGCAGGUCAGUAAAAAAGAAAGAGUGAAAAUGCAUGACAUGGUUCGUGAUGUAGCCUUGUGGAUAGCCUCUAAAACUGGUCAAGCAAUUUUGGCAAGUACUGGAAGGGAUCAGUUAAUGGAUGAAACCAUAAAAGAUAAGAGGGCAAUAUCCUUAUGGGAUUUGAAAAAUGGCCAGCUUCUUGGUGAUGAUCAAUUGAAUUGUCCAUCGCUUGAAAUUCUCUUGUUUCAUUCUCGCAAGGUUGCCUUUGAAGUAUCAAAUGCUUGUUUUGAAAGGCUAAAAAUGAUUAAAAUCCUGGCAUUCUUAACAUCUAGCUAUACGUGGAGUUUAUAUACGACAUCUCGCACCUUGUCACUGCCACAAUCAAUGAAGUCAUUACAAAAUCUUCAUACUCUGUGCUUGAGAGGUUAUAAAUUAGGUGACAUCUCCAUUUUGGAAAGCCUACAAGCACUUGAGGUUCUUGACUUGCGUGGUUCUUCUUUUAUAGAAUUGCCUAAUGGAAUCGCGUCAUUAAAGAAAUUGAAGCUUCUGGAUUUGUUCUGUUGUUUCAUUCAGGAAAAUAAUGCUUACGAGGUUAUAGGAAGAUGUAUGCAGCUGAAUGAAUUGUAUUUGUAUAUACGUUCAUAUGCAUAUGUGGAAUUUCCGCAUAAUAUCUCUUUCUCAAGAUUAGAGAGGUAUGUUUUAAUUUAUAAUAUGGACCCCUUAUACUCGUUGUCGUGGAUGGAAAUAUUGGAAGAACAUAGACCAUGUAGAGCGUUAUGCACACGUGGUUUUAAUGCGUCAGUUCAAAGUUUUAUAUCAUUACCAAUCAAGGAUUUCUUUCAAAAAGCAGAGUACCUUCAUUUGGAGCACCUUAAGGGAGGUUACGAAAAUGUAAUCCCAUCCAUAGUUCCACAAGGCAUGAAUCACUUGAUUUUCCUUAAGUUAGAAUCUUGUCCAGAGAUAGAAUGCGUCUUUGAUAGUACCAAUGUUGAUCUGCUGCAAACUGAAGAUGCGUUCUCCAGCCUAGUCAUUUUAAUCUUGUCUGAAUUGGAUAACCUUCAAGAAGUGUUUGAUGACCCCUCUUCCAGAUGUUCUCUCAAAAGUUUAGAAGAGCUAACCAUAUGGAGUUGCAGACAAUUGUACAAUAUUUCUUUUCCCAAGAACUCAAAGCUAUGCCAUCUUAAGGUCUUGACAAUAAGAGAUUGCCCGAUGCUAACUUGUAUCUUCAAGCCAUCCAUUGUCCAAACUCUAGAGCUGCUAGAAGAAGUGACAAUAUCUGACUGCUAUGAAUUGAAGCAGAUAAUAGAAGAAGUGGAAGAAGGGAGUGUUGAUUAUGUUAGCAGUCAAAGUCAUACCUCUUUGAUGCUCCCAAAAUUAAGGACACUUACUAUUCUUCGAUGUCACAGCUUGGAAUAUAUAUUCCCUAUGUGUUAUGUUCACGGGCUAGCAAGUUUGGAAGAGCUGCACAUUAAAUUUUGUGAUAAGUUGAAGUAUGUAUUUGGCAGUGAAAAGGAACAUGAUCUUAGAGUGUACCAGCACCAGAGUCAUCCUCAGACUAAUAUUCACAUCAAUUUCCUUAAUUUGAAAACUCUACGGUUGAAUCAGUUGCCGAAUUUGGUUGAGAUUUGGCCUAAAUAUUUUGAUCCACAUUUACCAAAUUUGAAAGUGCUAGGAUGCAUUGAUUGUCCAAGACUGCCUGACUCUUGGGUGCGUAGGGUGAUGAUUAUUGAUUCAGAUCUGCAACAAGACUCAACUGCAACGGAGAAGGAAUUAUUAUGCUUGGUUACCACCACAUUCAACCAAUUAUCCGAUCAAGUGCUUUCCUCUAAACUUGGACAUGUACUCAAAUUUAGAGAACUUGCUUUGUCUGGUCUUGGAGUAAAAGGUCUUUUUCAAUUCCAAAUCAGAGAACAUGGGAGCAACAGAGAACUUGCUCCUUUAAACUUGGAUCUAACUUAUGCUUACUUAUGGUAUCUACCUGAGCUCGAGUUCAUAUGGAAGGGCCCCACAAAUUUUCUAAGCCUCCAGAUGCUUAACAUGAUUUAUGUGAAUGGAUGUCCAAAAUUGACAACCAUCUUCUCCCCUAUCAUUGUUAGAAGCUUACCAAUGCUGACAAGACUGAUAAUAAUUGAUUGUGAGGAAUUGGAGCAAAUAUUUGAUUCAGGUGAUGCACAAACCCUAUAUACUUGUUCACAACAAGUGGGCUUCCCAAAUCUCGAGGAGAUUUGUGUCAAAAAGUGCAACAAGUUGAAAUACCUUUUUCAUAAUUUUGUGGCUGGUCACUUUCACAAUCUGAUCGAGUUGGAGAUAGAAGACUGCUCUGAGUUACAGAAGGUUUUUGCUUUUGAAUGUGAAACUGAUGACGAUGGUCAAGAAGGGAUUGUUAAGGAUGGAGAAAAAGUACUACUACGUAAGCUGCUACGUAUAAGACUCAGCACUUUGCCAAACUUCAAAGAGAUUCACCAUGGAUUCAAGUUAAAAGAUGAUGUUAAAGAACAUUUCAUAAAUGAUUGUCCUAAAUAUUCUCCAAGUUUAUAUCUACACACAGAAGAGUAAAGAAUGAGCAUCGAGCAAGGUGUAGGGGUGUAUGAGUAUGCGGAAGAGAAAGAUGAAGACUAAAGACUCGAUUCUGCUGCCUUACUCACUUUGUGUUCUUUACUCCAUUGUGAUGAGUUAAUUUGUACCUUUUAAAUUAACUUCAUUGGAAGAUUACUUCCUUGCUUGCUUUUUAUUGUUUAUUUUAUUAUUUGGUGAGUUUUUUUCUAGACUUGUUUUAGUUUGCAGAGUUGGAUUUCACUCGUGGUUUGUUACCUUGUUGCCUUUCUAUUAUAUAACUUUCUAUUAUAAACCAUCUCAAAACUCUGCAUGCAUCUCUCCAAGUUCAGAGAUUUAGAAUGGGACAACACAAACAUUACCUAGCCAUUAGCAGGCCAAUUAUAUAUGACAUUUCCAGAACAACCCCAUUUUCAAGCAUUGAUACAAUAAAGAGUAAGAAAAGAAAAAAA